AUGUUUAUUGCAGGCUACCCUUGCCAGGCGAACAGCAUCCUCAACCCGAGUCGCUAUGACGCGACCCAGGACCCCACAUCGAAGCCCGAAGCACAGGUCCUGAAGUCUGUGGUCAAGAUGAUAGGAAAGCUGACUCCUCUGGCUUUCCUGUUGGAGAAUGUCCAGGGCAUUCAUAACGUCUGCAGCAGCGGGAAACCAGUGCCGGUUGUGCAAUGGGUCACGGAAACCAUUGCUGCAGAGUUGGGGAGCACAUAUGAUUUCGAGCAUGUCGUAAUACCUUCGCAUCGGCCAUCUUUUCGAAAGCGCACGUACACCAUCGGUGUGAGGAAGGAUCACGAUGUGGGUUUGGGGCAAAUCUGUGAGGAUUUGCAGAAGCUGCAGCUGUACUUGGGUGCCACACCUAAAGUGCAUCAUCUGGAGACCUGCCUGCAGACGACGCUCGAGGAGACCCCCAGUCUGGACAACGACGUGGCAAUGGAUUUGGCACAACGACGUGCUCGUUAUGAAGCUGCUUUGGAGAAGGCACUGGGCAAGGCUAUCGAGGCCAAUCGACUCCCCAGCAAUGUCCGUGUGCCAAAUUUGACCACGUUCUCGGACUUCGGGCCCUGGAUGGAUGCCCAGAUCAUGGUGUCCGCUGCUUACUAA